AUGACCAUCGGGAACCUAAAGCUUGGGGUCGACAUCAUCAGUGCCCAUAAUCUCUUACCGAAAGAUGGGCAGGGCUCGUCCAGCGCCUACGUGGAGCUCUGUUUUGACGGCCAAAAGUUCCGCUCGACAAUCAAGGAAAAAGAUCUAAACCCCGUCUGGAACGAGACCUUCUACUUCAACAUAUCCGAUCCCGCUGUCCUCCACUGCCUCACCCUCGAUGCCUACAUCUACAACAACGUCCGAGCCACCCAAUCCCGAGCAUUCCUCGGAAAAGUCAGCAUCAGUGGUACCUCGUUUGUACCCCAUGCUGAUGCAGUUGAACUUCACUAUCCUCUCGAAAAACGGGGAAUCUUUUCCCGCGUCCGUGGAGAGCUCGGCCUCAAGAUUUACCUAACAGACGACCCCUCCAUAAAGUCAUCCGUCCCAGUUGACGAAAAUAGGGACUCCCAUGAGUCAAGAAACAAGCAAAGGCACACGUUCCACACUCUCCCAAAACGUGAUACGUCUCACGAGCACCACCACCUCAGUAGUCAUCACCCCUCGCCACCAAUCGAACCUCAUCACCACUCGACUAAAUAUAUGGCUGACGAGAUGAAGGCCUCCGAGCCGAUACCCCCAAAGCUUGUCCGCAUGAACUCGGCCUCGUCAGCCCAGCCGGUCGAUUACGCCCUCAAGGAGACAAGCCCCUUCCUUGGUGGGGGCCGCAUAGUCGGUGGGCGGGUCGUCCGGACCGAGCGGGCAGCUGUGGGCACGUACGAUCUUGUUGAGAAGAUGCACUUUCUGUUCGUCCGGGUUGUCAAGGCCCGCGAGCUUCCCGCAAUGGAUGUAACCGGCAGUCUUGACCCGUACGUUGAGGUCCGAAUCGGGAAUUACAAAGGCGUGACCAGGCACAUUGAGAAACAGCAGAACCCGAUGUGGAAUGUUGUUUUUGCCUUCUCGAGGGAGAGGAUGCAGGCGUCUGUGCUUGAAGUUGUUCUGAAGGAUAAAGAUCUAUUGAAAGAUGAUUUCGUUGGUCUUGUGAGGUUUGAUCUUAACGAGGUCCCGAUGCGUGUGCCACCCGAUAGCCCUCUGGCUCCCGAGUGGUAUCGUCUGGAAGACAAAAAAGGGUUGAAAAUAAAAGGGGAGCUCAUGCUUGCCGUCUGGAUCGGGACCCAAGCGGACGAGGCUUUUCCGGAUGCGUGGCAUUCGGACGCGGCCACACCUGUCGACAGCUCAGCAGCCUCGUCCGCACUCAUUCGCUCGAAGGUGUAUCACGCCCCACGCCUGUGGUACGUGCGUGUGAAUGUGGUCGAGGCUCAAGACUUGGUCCCAACUGAAAAGACCCGCUUUCCAGAUGCUUAUGUGAAGGCACAGAUAGGGAACCAAGUCGUGAGGACAAAACCGAUGCAGGCCCGGAAUUUUAACCCGUUAUGGAAUGAGGAUCUGUUUUUUGUGGCCGCUGAGCCCUUUGAGGAUCAUCUUGUUCUCACGGUCGAGGAUCGUGUGGCACCGGGGAAAGACGAGAUACUCGGGAGGGUUAUCAUACCCUUGAAUAUGGUGGAGAAACGGGCGGACGAUCGUAUAGUGCAUUCCCGUUGGUUUAACCUCGAAAAGCCGGUUCUUGUUGAUGUUGACCAAUUGAAGAAAGAAAAGUUCUCGAGCAGGCUCCAUUUACGGGUCUGUCUAGAUGGAGGCUACCAUGUUCUGGACGAGUCGACUCACUACAGUAGCGAUCUCCGCCCGACGGCAAAACAGUUGUGGAAGCCGCCGAUCGGCAUUUUGGAGCUCGGGAUACUGAAUGCGGUCGGUCUCCACCCGAUGAAGACGCGUGAUGGGAAGGGCACAUCCGAUACGUACUGUGUGGCCAAGUACGGCCACAAAUGGGUCCGGACCCGCACGAUUGUCGACAACCUUUUCCCCAAAUACAACGAGCAGUACACAUGGGAGGUCUUUGACCCUGCUACCGUCCUCACGGUCGGUGUAUUCGACAACAGCCAGCUUGGGGACAAGGGCCCCAACAACGGCAAGGACCUGAAGAUCGGGAAAGUCCGGAUCCGGAUCUCGACGCUCGAGACGGGUCGGGUCUACACACACUCCUACCCGCUCCUUGUCCUUCACCCGACCGGCGUCAAGAAAAUGGGCGAGCUGCACCUAGCCUUACGAUUUUCAUGCACCUCUUUUGCCAACAUGCUAUACGUAUACUCCCGCCCGCUUCUGCCCAAAAUGCACUACGUACGGCCGUUCACAGUCAUGCAGCUGGACAUGCUGAGGCACCAGGCGGUCAACAUUGUAGCCAUGAGGCUGGGCCGGGCCGAGCCCCCUCUCCGGAAAGAAGUCGUCGAGUACAUGUCGGACAUGGACUCUCACAUGUGGAGCAUGCGGAGGAGCAAGGCUAACUUUUUCCGCCUGAUGUCGGUUUUCACUGGCCUAUUCGCGGUCGGGAAGUGGUUCGGGGACAUAUGCAUGUGGCGGAACCCGGUCACGACUGUGCUCGUCCACGUGCUCUACUUGAUGCUCGUCUCCUUUCCCGAGCUGAUACUCCCGACGGUCUUCCUCUACAUGUUCUUGAUCGGCAUUUGGAACUUCCGUUACCGGCCAAGGUACCCGCCCCACAUGAACACCAAGAUCUCGCAGGCGGAAGGGGUCCACCCGGACGAGCUGGACGAGGAGUUCGACACGUUCCCCACGAGCCGUAACCCGGACUUGGUACGGAUGAGGUACGACAGGCUGCGGAGCGUGGCAGGGAGGAUCCAGACGGUCGUGGGUGAUGUCGCAACGCAGGGGGAACGGGUGCACUCGCUGCUGAGCUGGCGGGACCCACGCGCGACGGGAAUUUUCGUGACGUUAUGCCUGGUGGCGGCAUUGGUGCUGUACGUGACGCCGUUCCAGGUGAUUGCGGCUCUUGGGGGGAUUUACAUGAUGAGGCACCCGAGGUUCAGGUACAGGCUGCCGUCUGUGCCGGUUAACUUUUUCCGGCGGCUGCCUGCCAGGACAGACAGCAUGCUGUAG